UUACUCUGUGAGGAAGUCCUUCGGUCGUGUCUUCAUCAGCUUGCGGAAGACGGCACAGCAGCGAAGACUGUCGAGGCCCACCGACUCAGAGUGGUCCUUCAGGAAUCGCUUCGUGGAGGGCACCGCCUCCUUAAGGAUCUCCAGAGAGACAGAAAGCACUAUGUCUUGUUCCUCUCCUUUCAGAACCACCGCCCCAGUGUAGACAAGAAACCGCACUGAUCCCGCAAACUUCGACAU